AGAGAGAAAAAGAAAUUAAAAAAAAAGAAUACUAAGAAAAAUCAGGCUAUCCGAAGUUCCCAACGGUCACCUCGUCGUCGUUGCCAAAUCUGCCAUGUCGCCGCCAUGGAUCCCCUAAUCGAGGACCCCCCCAACCUAGCGGAGACGAAGAAGAACGAGAAGGGAAGCCCACCGCGUCGCCAUCAUUAACUCCUCCUCUCCUCUCGUCUCCCUCGAAAGCACCACCGGAUCCGACGACCCCCUCCUCCCCUUUCUCCCCUCCUCACGAAACCGCCUCGCCUUCCUCUUCUUUUCUUUUUCGCUCGCUUCGCAUCGCUCACAUGCCCCUGCCUGCCGCCGCAGACGGGGCGCCAUGUCGCGUAGCGGGGUGGAGGUGGUCGUGAGCAGGGGUUGCUCCAGGCUCGUCCUCCCCGGGAUGCAGCCUUCCUCCGCCUCCGCCGCUUCCUCCUCCUCCUUCUCGCGCGGCGGACAUGGCGGCGGCGGCGACCGGAGGCCGCUGCCCGAUGGCCCCUUCGCCGGAUUGGUCAUCUGCGUCACCGGGCUAUCCAAAGAGGCGAGGACUCAGGUGAAGGAGGCGACUGAGAGGAUGGGAGGCGAGUACAGCGGGAGCCUGCAUCCCAAGUGCACCCACCUAGUGGUUCAGAGCUUCGCCGGCCGCAAGUUUGAGCACGCGGUCAAGCAUGGCGCGAAGAAUGGCCUCUUUGUUGUAACACUUGGUUGGCUUGUGGAUUGCGUGCGGAGGAGCAUGAGGUUGGAUGAAUCGUUAUAUAGCAUCAAGAACAUUGGGGAGAAUGGAAUGCCACUCGGGGAGUUCAACCGGCUUGUCGGCGCUCCUGUUAGUGGGAAUUCUUGCCUUCCACCGAUGAUGUUUCAGGAAAAAACAUUUUCAGACACGACCGAAAAGCAUCGGCUUCAGACAUCUAGAAAAGAACAUGACCAUGAUGAAUUUCUCUUUACAAACGACUCGAUCUACAUUGACCCUGGGAUAUCUGGUGAAAUGAGGAAGAAGGUAUCUGAUGCUGCUACUAGAGAAGGUGCAAAAUUGUUGGACCACUGGUUUAUUGGCUGUCAUGCGACAUAUGUUGUGUGUGAGGACGCUUCUGUCAAGAGAUAUGUUGGUCAUUCAGACAACAUUGUAACUCCACUUUGGAUAUUGAAAACCGCAAAGGAAAAAGGUUUGCAGCGUCUUGUCCAUUUGUCUUCGGACCUGGCUAGGCAGGUUGCCACGAUUCUUGAAAAUGCCCAGACAUUUCAAGAGAAUAGAAAAAUUGGGGAUGUUCCUUCUGUCAAUUCAAACUCCAGUGGAGUACCAUCAACCCAAGGGGAGAUAGAUGAAAUUCAUCAAGAGAGGCAAAAAUUUGUUGAAGUAGCAAAGAAAAAUGUCCGAGAUCGCCGUGCUCGCCGUAUGCAGUCAUGUGAAGUACCAAUCCAUCCAAUCACGCCUGUGAAACUUAUGGAAUCAAUCUGUUGGACCGUAUCUGAGCCAACUACGUCCGCAUGCAUUUAUACGGAGUUUUCAUGGUCAGACGAUGCCUUUGAGCAACAAAGCACUACUUUCUUCGAUGCGAAUGGGGAUGGCAAGGAUGAUCAGUCAAGCGAUAGUUUCACCCGCCCACUAAGAGAAAGUGAGAAGAGUGAAGUGAUCUUUAAGAACCACUUCCUUACCGUACUCUUCCCCAUUGAUCGUUUUGGUGAGCUUGGACCUUCCUCAAGGACAUUCUUCAGCAAUGGUGGUUUCACACGCAUACAAGUGCUUGAUCACAUCUACAACUUCUACCAGGAAAAUAUGUCUUCCGAUGAGAUAAAUGUAGCCCUGCAAACGGAUUCACGACAUGCUGAUCGACUUCGCUCGCUGUACGCAAGUACUGAAUCAGCAGAAAGAGGUUUUGUAACAUUCAAAAGAAUUGAUUUUUUGGGAAGCCGAAGAAGUUUUGAGGGGCUAAAACGCCUCAGCAGAGAGAACAAUAGCAAUGUAUAUGAGCUUGUGAUUAGGGCAUAAACUGCACCAUACUCGGUGUUAUUUAGUCAAAUUUGUUUGUUGUUUACAGGUUGAUAGUGAUGUACUACCAUGUAUGCACGCCGAAUAAAAUUGUAGGAGAUAAUGAUAUAUUUAUAGAUCAAUGAAAAAGAUCAUGUUGGGCAGUUCAGCCGCAAUA